AUGGUGCUGAAGACCCCAGAUUUCCGAAAUUGCAAGGCAGCUAGUGAGAUUCGUGAAGGCAUGAAGCUUUUGGUAGAUCACUACAAAGACAUGAUAUCUGAAGCCAUCAAGAUCGAGGCCCUCAACAACAUUCCAAUCCAUCCACCUCCCAGCAUUCCAAAUGGGCCGAAGCCCGCUGUGAGCUCUGCCCAGAAUGGGACCCCUAUUCAGCUCUCGGGCCAUAAGGCUCAGGGGACGUAUAUAGUUGGGGGCUCUGCUUUCGGAUGGAACUUCAUCACUUUCAACAGUAACAGAGCCGCGUAUUAUGGGCGAACGAAAGAGGAUUUUCGGGCCGCAAAUGUCAAGCCCCCUGAAGUUCGGAGCACUGAUUCUUAG